AUGCCGGUCUUAUUUCGAGAAAUAGACCAAAAGCAAAACCAAGACGACCAAAACGCAAGCAGGCACGCCUCGUCGCGACUCUUCCUCCAGUACAUGAACAAGCGCAAGAUGUGCAAGGAAGCCCUUGACCGCAAAAAUCAGCAACAAGGGUCGCUGAGUUACGACGAAAGCCCGCGGCAGCAUCUGAC